ACACACGCCAUAAUGUAAAUUGCUUCUAGAUUUGGCGUUUGAGUUAAAAAAAUACUUUUUGAUGAUAAAAAUUCAUUAACAAUGCAUAUAAAUGACAUUUAAAAUGUCCCUAGUAAAUAUCGGGUAAGUGUUUGCAAUGGCUCAAUUUUACCAGAUUGUAGGACAAGGGCCAUCGCUAACACUAGAAGAUUUGCAGAGAUAUUGCCCAAAUAUAUGCUUGGAUGGAAUAAUAGUAAACCAAGAUGAACAACAGUAUGCUCAACAACAGGUUGUGGUUCAACAAGCAGACCAGCCAAAUGAUAUCAUAGUGAGUGAAGCAGUCCAACCACAACUAGUGGUUGGAGAUGGACUCCAGUAUCAACAACAGUACAUCAUCCGCCAUGAGCCACCUCAGCCACCUCCUCCGAGGCCAGAGUUUCAGCAACAGCAGCAGGCUCAACAACAGCAGACACAUCAACAGCAAGCCUUACACAGACAUCAGGUUUACUACACCUCUGAUUUACCUGUGGAUGCUCAGGUUGUGUUGCAACAGGCCCAACAAAUCAUUGAUGCAUCUUUGCAAUCACAAAUGCAACAGGCAUCUCCACAACGCCCACAACAUUUGGUGAGUCCAGCCCAUGUACUAUCUCAGCCUACUGUGAUCCACCCCGGUCAGCAACCACCUCCUCAGCCACCGCCUCCGCCACCACCCCCACCGCCGCAACAUGCUCCUCAACAGACCCAGCAACAGCAGCAGCAGCAGCAACUGUCAAGGGCUUCCCCACAGCUCAUCCAACAUUUACAACAGCAGCAUCAGCAACAGUUGCACCUACAGCAGCAACUGCAACAACAACAGUUGCAACACCAACUGCAACAGCAACAACAACAACAUCAGCAUAUGCAGUCGCAACAGAUACCCCACCAACAAGUUGUGAUGCACGCUGCCUAUAUCAAUCAAGCUGGAACGCCCGCAAGGCAGGUACCGCCUAGACUACUGAAUCAAGCCCUCAGUGGUCCUGCUAGUGUUACUCUCGUAAGGACUCCAGUACGGACAGUACGACCACGACGACCUGCGGCUAGAUCGCCGAUGGCGGCUGCGACGAUGCAAGCACCUGCUAGACUCCUCAACCCACAAAUAGCACAGUCGUUGCAGAAUCAAGUGGGUAACACUAGCGUGUCGGGGGGCGCGGGACGGGGUGCGGGGGCGGCGCGCGCGGCCCGUCCUCCUAGGACGGCGUCCCCGCGCGUGUUGAACCCGCACGCGGCGCACGCGCAACACCGCCCGCCCAGACCUAGGACACCGCUCCUGCAGCAACCGCAACCUCAGAUGCAACCACAAGUUUUGAGUCAGCAGGUUCAUCAACAAGUUCACCAACAACAGUUGAAUCAACUCAAACUUGCCUCUCACCAGCAACAAAUCCUCAUUAACCAACAGAACCAAAAUCAUCCCACCCGAAUUAUCACACAGCAAGGCACGAUCGUCACGCAAAACUUAACACCGCAAUUGGCACAGCACACAGUGGCUCAGACGAGUCAAAAUAACGGCCCUUUGACACAACAGAAUACGCUUACAGUCCAACAAAGGGCUUCCCCUCACCCCCAACAAGUUCAACAGCAAGUGAAAAAAGUCAUAGUUCAACCUAACAAUGCUAAUGACAUGGACGACUUAGAAGAAAGUAUUACAGCAGCAAUAUUAACAAAGCACACUGUAAACGAAAAUAUAAAUCCACCACAACAAUUCCAUACACCACCGCCGAUGAGACCUAACCACUCUGGGACCCCUGUUCCUCAGCAACAUCAACAAAUAGCAUUUAGUUCCCAACAAAAUUAUCAACAGCAACAAGUUGCUUAUGAACAACCCCAUUUACAACAACAUCCGCAAGCCCUCAGCCAGCUUUUAAUGGAAUCUGAUUCCCUGGAGGAAGAAAGACAGGUAGUCACUUUAACAAAUGGACAAAGAAUAACACUGGCUGAACUUAAACGAAUGCAACAACCAGCGCGUACGACAGUGCAGCAACAAGUCAGGGAAACAGGGCGGCAAACGUUAGUUAGAAGUAAGGAACAACCAAGACCAGUCCAAAGAGUUACACCUAUGCAAACACAACAGACAUUGCAACAUGAAAGUAACGAAGUCACUAGUGGGCCUUCUGAACAACAGUCUGAACCUCAAUCCGCUAAAAUGUUAAUUUUCCUUCAAAAUGGAGAGCAGAGGCUAAUAACUUUCACACUCCCUAAAGAAAGUUGUACUCUUCAAGAAGUUCUAGAGCAGGUUAACGUCCCAUUUUCAGAGGACACUCAUAUACAAUGUAUGCAGAAUACUAGUAGUGAAAUAGAUUACUUUGUCUCAGUUGGAUCUACCACGAGAAUUGAAGAAAUGUUAGAAAAUCAUCCAAUGCUUGUUGGCGACAUAAGUAGUAGAAGUUCUCCCAGUGUAAUGCCACAACCGCAAAGUAGCGAAAUGUCGACCCCAGAAAAGUCGCAAUGCCCUGAUAACGUAAGCAAUAGUCCUGAAUCUCCAGGUCAGCGAUCGCCGCCACCUCGCUAUGUAGACGGUAUGCUGGCUUUAUGCAAAUCAUGUGGAUACACAGGAUUUGACUUCAGUCGAUGUCAAAGAUGUAAGCGAGUAUUCACUGAAGAACCUAAAAGUGUUCCAAUAGCAAGUAAGAAAGUAGAACAAAAGAAAAAGGAACAAGAUAAAAUUCCUUUAGAAAAGCAAAACAUUUGUGGUGAAGGUAUUAAAUUGAAUUUAUUAAAAACUACAAUGAAGACUGUAAAUAACAAAACUGUUCAGGAGAAAAAGCCUCCAAGAGUAAGGAAACCCAGGGGAAAACAGCCCGAUCCUGAGCCAGUUAUACUCACAUUAAGUUCAGACGAAGAGGAUUCUAAUAGCUCUAUGUUAAGUAAUCAGCAUGAACACUCCAUAAGUAUGAAAGAGCCAUCUUUAAGUGAAAUAGAAGGUGGCACACCAGAUAGCGGUAUAGGAAUGGAUCAUGAUGAUCAUAGUAGAGAUGAAGUUUUACUGUCACAUCAAGGAGUAGUCACCUCUCUUAACUGUAGAACAAUACGAAUAGGCUCUUACCGAUAUACACCAAAAGAAAAGGUAUACAUAUCAAGCAAAGGUAUUAAAAUUGUAGCACCCUCAUUAAAAAAUGAAACAAAGGAUGUAGCUCUUCAAAUACAAUUAAAAGAAGUAGUGAGAAUGUUGGUUCAUUUUGGCAAAGGAUUGCCAGUAAUUUUUUUGUACACUAUGAGCAAAUGUGGAGCCUACAUAAGAAGAGUCCUUGAUAUGUCUGAAGAUUCAGGGCCAUAUUAUAAUCCAAUGUCAAAAAUAGAUCCCUACAAAAGAAUAACGCUUUUACCUGAUGCAUUAAGUGAAGAAACAAAAAUAUCCUUCAAAUCGUUAUUGGGUAAAAAAAUGGAUGAAUUAAACGCAAAGGAAGCCAAUGAUAUUUUGGUUAGGACAUGUCCCAAAGAAAGCAAUAAUGUAACGAAAAUGGCAACUAGAUCACUCAGUGCUUCCAGUACAUCUGGAGUUAAGAGCUCCAAUCCAGCUGAAAUCAGGCAAAUACUUAUAUAUCCACCAGGAAAAGGUGGAAUACCUAUAAAUACAGAAGACUACAUGUGCCUAGCUCAGGAUCAAUUUUUGAAUGAUGUUAUUAUUGAUUUUUAUUUAAAAUAUUUGGUUCAUGAUGUUUUGACACCACUUCAGAGAGAGAAGACUCAUAUUUUUAGUACAUUCUUUUAUAAAAGGCUCACAACUAAACCAAGUAAAGUUAAUAAAAGUUCAAAUCCUCAUGAAUGGGAUGGCAGUUUGACUCCAUCACAGAAACGACAUGCAAGAGUCAAGACGUGGACUAAGAAUGUGAAUAUAUUUGAUAAAGACUAUAUUGUAGUUCCUAUUAAUGAGAAUUGUCAUUGGUUUGUGGCCAUUAUAUGCUUCCCAAGUUUGGAUGGGUGUCGGAGUAUGAUAGAUAAUCGAACUGUUAUUCCACAAGAAAUAAAGAAGAGAGAGCGCAGAUCCUCUAUGCAAAUUGGAAAUACAACAAUCACACCACUAAACAAACAGGAACAACUUACAUUAAGUUGUGAUUCUGAUAAUCUUAGUGAAAGAGAUGAAGCAGAAGCAGAGGAAAGUGAUUUAGAUAUGCAAUGUGACUCUGAUGAAGAGGAUGUAGAAAAACCGGUUGUUGAAAAGAAACCUGAAGUUCAGAUUAUUGGAAAAAAUGAACCUGUAAAACAACCAUGUAUAUUGAUAUUUGACUCGCUAGCUGGAGCUUCGAGGUCGAGAGUGGUAGCUACACUACGAGACUAUUUGACAUGUGAAUAUCAAGCAAAAAUUUCCCAGCAUAAGAUUUUUAACAAAGACAACAUAAAGGGAAGCUGUCCAAAAAUACCUCAACAAAACAAUUUUACAGAUUGUGGCUUAUACUUAUUGCAAUAUGUUGAACAAUUUUUUAAGGAUCCUGUGUUAGAUUACUCAUUGCCUAUAAAACAGUUAGCCAACUGGUUUGAUGAAAUAGUAGUGACAAGAAAAAGGGAAGAGAUCUCAAUUUUACUAAAAACACUGAUGCAUAGAUAUAACCCAGAUUCGCAUUUGACUUUGCCUGACAUUACAUUCCCUACUUUAAAUGGUAUGUAAAUUGCAUUUUUUAAAGAUUUUUUUGAUGUAAAUUAAUGCAAAUAAAAAUUGACUAUGAAUUUUAUUUUUGCAGGUAAACUGAUUGAAAAUGAAGAUCAACAAGAAGAUGGAUCCGAUGGAGAUAAAGGAAGUUCAAGUAAAUUGCAGAAAACAGAUGGAAAAGAUUCUGAUGGGCCUACAUUAACCUUUGUUAAACAAAUUUCUACUGGUGAUAUAUUAGUAAAACGUAAUUUCACAGACUCGUCCGAAACAAUACAUUUACGAAAAACAAUCAGACUCUCAAGUGAUGCAGAAAACAGAUCCAUGGUGCAAAUCAAACAAGAAUUUGUUAAGAAAGGAGAUAAUGAAAAUCAGAUAUUAAUACCAAUAAAAUUACACACUAGUGAACUAGUUAAAGACAUUCAAAAUACCUUAAUAGUUAAUAAGAAUAAUAAAACAAUGGGUGAUAAAAAACAUGGUGUACAUAAUCAAAACAUCACCAGCCUGAACUGUAUGCGUCAGAAUGUUAGUGAAAGUGAUAGCAAUUCAUUUAUUAAAUCUCGAAAAGUGAAUAGACUUGAAGAUGUUAUGAAUGAAUCUAAUAAAAAAUUCAAACGCAAUGAAUGUUGAAAAAUACUGUUGCCUGUCCAUAUAAUGUGUCUAUUAAAUUAUUACUAAUUUAAUAAAGUGUAUAGUUGUUUCAUGGACUUGUAAAUAUUAGUUAAUGCUAACCUGUAUUUAAUACCUAUUUUAUAAAAUAAUGUAAAGUUUUAAAUUUUACUUAUGUAUUAUAUUAGCUUCCACAAAUACAAAAAGUAAAUAUUAGUAUGACUUUCUUUUCCUCU